UGAUUGGAUAAUGGGAGUCAAAUGCAAGUUCGUCUUUUUUUCCCUGCAUGUAAAUCGUGUUUUAGUUCUGUCGCGUGUAGCGGAAAGUAGUCAAACUUUAKAGCUGUCCAGUGGUAUUUCUUAAUAGCUAUUUUUCUACACAUAUGUAUCAGUUGUCUGCCGUGAUAAGGASGAAUUGCGUGGCGGAGGAGUUGUUGCUGUCUCAGCACAUUAGGCUAAGCCUGCAGUGAUAAUAAGCAUGCUGUGUCUGAAACYGGUUAAUUAAGAAACGUCGUUUUUGACUGAACAUUUACAGAAAAUGCAGGUCACAAACUGUCUGGUUUCUGCUCCUGGAAAGGCGAUCCUCCACGGAGAGCACGCUGUGGUUCACGGAAAGGUGGCUCUUGCUGUGAGUUUGAACCUGAGGACAUAUUUGCGAUUAAAUGCCACAUCUAAUGGAAAAGUCUGCAUCAACUUUCCAAACAUGGACACCUUCCUCUGCUGGGACCUGUCAGAACUGAAGCAUCUGCUGGCCUGUGGGGAUAAAAAGGAAGAGGUGUCAUCAAGGCAACGUCUGGAUGCUGAACUUGUGAAGCGACUGCGUGAAUUUCUGGGUGUUACAGAUGGAAGUUUGGACAACAGCAYCACGGCCACCUUAGCCUUCCUUUACAUCUACCUGUCACUGUUUGGAUCAGGUGAGCUGCCCAGCUUGAUGGUGACUGUGUGGUCAGAGUUACCGACCGGAGCAGGACUCGGCUCCAGCGCUGCCUACUCAGUGUGUUUGGCUGCAGCUCUGCUCUGUGCAGGUGGAACCAUUACGGCCCCUCUGAAAGAGUGGGAGCACACUGCCAGAUGGUGUCAGGAGGACCUGGAGCUCAUUAACAGUUGGGCUUUUCAAGGGGAGCUGAUCAUCCAUGGAAAUCCUUCAGGAGUAGACAAUGCUGUGGGAACGUGGGGUGGCAUGCUGAGAUUCUUGGCUGGGAAGAUAAUACCACUGAGCAGGGUGCCAUUAUUAAGAAUCCUUCUCACUAACACCAAAGUACCACGAAGCACCAAAGUACUUGUUGCCAGGGUGAAGGACAGAAUUAACAAGUUUCCACCUAUCAUGAACCCUGUGCUUGACUCGGUUGAUGCCAUUUCCUGUACUUGUGAAAAAGUUCUCACAGACAUGACUUGUGAACCCAUCACAGGGGAGCACUACAAUGUUCUUGAGGAGCUUAUUGAUAUCAAUCAGCAUCACCUGAACGUGAUGGGUGUGGGACACCCUGCUUUAGACACAUUGUGCCGAGUCACACUGACCAAAGGACUCCACAGCAAGCUAACAGGCGCAGGUGGAGGAGGCUGUGGCAUCACACUCCUGAGACCAGAAACGGACACCUUGAUUGUCCAAAGCACGGUGCAGGACCUGAGAGACUGCGGCUUUGACUGCUGGGAAACGAGUAUCGGUGGUCCAGGUGUGCAGCAGCACUCCCUCAUCUCUGUCAAGGAGGAAAUCCUGGAGGUUUUAAACCGUUACUAAAGCGCAUGUGUGACUGAACAAGAAAACAAACAUGCCUUAUGGCUUUAUGUUGGAACUACAAGACUUGAAACACUUGCCGCUAAUUCUGAGCUUCGGCGAUCGGAGCAUAUUUCCCUCUGAGUGGAACUGAAUCACACUUUCUUAAAUGUUAACAGAUUUUUUUUAAUUAGUUUAUUUUUAUUGUAUUUUUUUUUUUUUUUUACUAAUAAUCAACUGGAUUAACAAACUCAUUGGUAUGCAUAAUCAUGUGCACUAAGAAUGUUGGCCACUAGAUGGCAGCAGAGUUAAACAAAUUCAAUGAAACACAAGUUGCUGACAUUUAGGAGCUCUAAUAAACUUAUUGCUUUGCCAGAAAUACAUAGAAUUUUUCUCUCAAAUGAUUAAAGUAAACAUCUCUUAAUAAAUUAGACAACUGGAAAACAUUUGCACUCUACAACUAGCUUUUUUGAGCACAAACUAAUGCUGGAUAUCUGCAGUAAUGCAUUUAAUCAUGUGAAAUGUAUAAAAAAAUCAUGAAAUGAAUAAAAAAAACAAGAAUUUUAAAA